AUGCGGGACUGUUCUCACGCCCAGGGGGAUUGGCACGCAGGACCACGCCUGCACGUCUUCAUCAGCAGCCCCACCUUCGUCCUCGCCAGGCCGCAGACAGAAAAACAUCCGCAACACACACACACACACUUACAGAAACACACACAUUUACAGAAACACACACACUCGCUAGGACACUAUGAAGGACUCGGAGAGGUGGUCUGUCCCGAGUCCUCGGCGUCCAUUGGCGCCGCCCCUAACAAUCUCGGCACGGACACUUUCCGUGCCCUCAGGCGGGCGUCGUGUGGAUGCUACCCACCGAACACGGACACAACAAAGGCCUCGGACCGGACCGGCCCCUGCUCGGCUGAGUUUGGGUAUCGCGACUCACCUGAAGGCCGACGUACGCGCCGCGGAGUCCCGCUCGGUUCUUGGCGGCCGGAGAGUGAAAACAAUGCAGCGUCCUCUUCCUCCUCCUCCUCUUCGUCCUCCUCUUCCUCGCCCCGCCCCCGCAGCUUCCACACACGGGACUGCGGAGCCACGGUGGGGUGCGCUGCUUUCCCGACACCGCGCGGCGCCGGCGGGGCGGCAACCAAGAAGGGCGGUGUCUGCAAGUCACGUGAUCCGGGUGAGGCGGCAACGCGAACACAUGUUCACAUGGGCAGACAGUGUGCGGUGAUGAAGCGCCUCCACGCCCCAAAUCAGUGGGAGGCAGUGAAGCAGCCGGGAAGCGGGAGGAGGAGGAGGAAGAGGAGGAAGGUCUGCAGACAUCGGAUAGUGAAAAGUUUAAAAAAAAGUAAAACGGCUUAGUAAAAAGGUUAAAAAAAAGUUUGUAAAAUAGGUUAGUAAAAAAAAAUUUGAAUACCAAAAGGGACAAGCGGUAGAAAAUGGAUGGAUGGAUGGAGGUUAUUAAAAAAAAAGUAAAAUAGGUCAAUAAAAAAAAGUUAAUAAGUUACUAAAAUAGGUUAGUAAAAAAGUAAAAAAGGUUAGUAAAAAAGUAAAAUAAGUUAGGAAAAAAAAGUAUAAUAAAUCAGUAAAAAAAAGUUCAAUAAGUUACUAAAAUAGGUUGGUAAAAAAGUAAAAUAAGUUAGUAAGAAGAGCAAAAUUGGUUAGUAAAAAAAGUAGAAUAGGUUAGUAAAAAGAAUAAAAUAGGUCAGUAAAAAAAAGUUCAAUAAGUUAAUAAGGUUAGUAAAAAUAGUAAAAUAGGUUAGUAAAAAAGUAAAAUAGGUUAGUAAAAAAGUAAAACAAGUUAGUAAUAUAGGUUAGUAAAAAGAGUAAAAUAGGUUAGUAAAAAUAAUACAAUUGGUUAGUAAAAAGUAGAAUAGGUUAGUAAAAUAAUAAAAUAGGUCAGUAAAAAAAGUUCAAUAAGUUAGUAAGGUUAGUGAAAAUAGUAAAAUUGGUCAGUAAAAAGUAAAAAGGUAAAAUAGGUUAGUAAAAAUAAUACAAUUGGUUAGUAAAAAAGUGAAAUAGGUUAGUAAAAAAUGUAAAAUAGGUUAGUAAAAACAUAAUAUAGGUUAGUUAGAAAAGUAGUAAAAUAGGUGAGUAAAAAAAGUUACAAUUAGUUAGUAAAAUAGGUCAAAUAAGUUAGUAAAAAAGUAAAAUAUGUUAGUAAAAUAUGUUAAUAAAAAAAUAAAAUAGGUUAGUAAAAAAGGUAAAAUCAGUUAGUAAAAUAGGUUAGUAAAAAGAGUGAAAUUAGUCAGUAAAAAACAAAAUUUGUAUAAAAAAAAAAUUUUUAAAAAAGAGAAUGUUAUUCAUAAAGUAAAACAGUUUAGUUAAAAAAAAGGUUA